AUGCCCAAAGGCCACCAAAGUGCCCCUGCCCCAGUAAAAGAAGAGGCUCCUCUACCUUCUGGCUCGGAACAGGUAUCUCAGGCUAUACAGCCAUUAAACGUGUUAUAUUGUUCAGAUGCACUACAACAAAAAGCUGAGGCACUAUCACUUGAGGCACAAGCUAAACUUGACAAGAAAGCUGCCGACUUGGAAGCAAAAGCUGAUGUCAAAGCGGAGGCCGACUUGAAGAAGAAAAAGGCUGCCAAGAUUACAAUCAAAAGAAUCGAACGUAAUAAGCGCAAGCAUGUCACCUCUAUCCAUGGUUUGGAAGCCUUUGGUCAGCAAUCCUUUAUUCACUUUGCACCCAUCUUCCUGCUGGAAACACCAUCAUGUAUCGGAUUCGCCAUUAACAUGGCGAUCGGAGAUGUCGAUCUCAAAAAGGCAGCAAAAUUAUUUGCACAAAAGUUCGCCACGGGUUCAUCAGUUACAAAAAAUCCGCAAGGCCAAGAUGAGAUUGUAGUACAAGGCGAUGUCACUGAUGACAUUGUGGAAAUGAUAGAAAAUCAAGUGGGGGUUCUAAAGGGAGUGCCCGAGGACAAUGUAGUCUGCAUCGAGGAGAAGAAAAAGAAGUCCGCCGAGUAG